AAGAAGAAGAAGAAGAGCAGGUUCAUACGCGUUAUGUGUUGCUGUGCAGCUUGAAGCUUAUAUGUGACGGUAACUUUUACUUUCGGUAGCGCAGUAAUGUUUUUAAAUGAGGAUAUGCAAGAACAUUUGGUGUCUCGCCAGAGUCUUUGUCGUUAUAGGGCUUUAGCUUGUCUUUAGGUUUGCUGGAGCUGUUGUUUGGGUGGUACUUAGUUUAUGGUGAAAAUGCUGCUUUUAUUAUUGCUGUGCUACUUGUCACUGUCUGCUCGGGGUCAGCAGGCAGAGGACGAGUGGCUGGAUCCUUAUGACAUGCUCAACUACGAUUCAAGUACCAAAACAAUGAGGAAACCUCCCGAGCCAACAACCUUUACCAAUGUGGCCACUAAAAGAAGAGAGUACGUCCAGGACCAGAACCAGGGAGAGCUGACAUCCUGUAAUGAGCAGGUGAAGGAUCUACAGAGGCAGGUUGAAGACCAACAGAAGUCGAUGACGCUCAUGUCACAACAGCCUACCUGCAAUCCAGUGUUCAAGAGGUUCCUCAGCAGAUUGGUAAAGGAAAUACAAAGACACGGUGUGCCCAGUGACUCCUCAGAUGUCUUCUAUGAUGCCAAAGUCAAGCUGUCCAAACAAGCCAUGACUGAGAUUCAGUCACUUCUGGAGGGCGAGGAUAGAUGGAGAACAGGAGCUCUGGACAAUGCAAUCAGUGAGAUUUUGGUGGACUUUAAACCACAUGAUUAUGAUGCCUGGAAGUGGCGUUUUGAGGACACCUUCCACGUGGAGCUUGACACGGUAUUAAAGAUUGGGAUUCUUGUUUUCAUUAUAUCAACUGUCAUCUGCACCCAGCUGUGGUCAGCGGUCUCCUGGUUCGUGCAGUUCAGAAGGAUGUUCGCUGUUUGCUUCUUUAUUAGUAUUAUCUGGAACUGGUUCUAUUUGUACCAGAUUGCCUUCGCUAAGCAUCAGAACGAUAUCGUGAAGAUGGAAAACUUCAACAAAAAAUGCACCGGAGUGGAGCAAAUUGACUGGAGGGAUAAUCUAAAAGAGUGGUUCAGAACAACCUGGACUCUUCAAGAUGACCCCUGCAAAAAAUACUAUGAAGUCCUCAUGGUUAACCCUCUCCUCCUGGUGCCUCCAACCAAGGCAAUUUCAGUUACCAUCACAACCUUCAUCACAGAGCCACUGAAGCACUUUGGGCAGGGAAUAAGUGAGUUUCUCCGAGAACUCCUCAAAGAUCUCCCAGUUACGCUGCAGAUCCCAGUCCUCAUCACUAUUGUGCUUUCCAUUUUGGUGGUCAUGUAUGGAGGUGUGCACGCAGCCUUUCAGCAUGGCAUCAUGGCACCAUUUCGCCGCCCUCGAAGGGAUCCACCUGCCCCAGAGCUGGAGCACCUCCAGCAUUUUCAUCCGAGGAUUGAGGCCCGCGAUUACUUUGCUGGAGGGGACGCGCCUGCUCACGCACCUAUGCUUGCAAGUGGUCAACAGCACGUCCCAUGGCACCAAGGUGAGAAUGCCAGGUUAGACGGAAACAACAUUCAUCGGAGACGACCCAAUCGGGUCAGGGAGGACUCCGCACCUGUUGGUGUAGAGACACUGAGAGCUGCAGACCCUCUGGUCAACGAGGAUGAAUUAGAUGGUGAGCAGCAUGAGGAAAGCCCCGAGGUAGUGGAGAACGCUCCCGUAGACCAGCAGGAGACCCUAGAGAAGGUAGAAGGUGAAAAUGCUGCUGCUGAUCAACCGAAAAUCCAAAAAACUAAAUCAAAUUUAUCACAAGCAAAGAAGAAAGAGAUACAAACAAAGGAGGAAGGUUCUCAGGAUGAACCCAGUAGAGACGGCACAGCAGCCCCACCUCAGCCAAAAGAGAUGCAGCGUUCAGAGGCUGACGUUCAGGAUCCAGAAGCCUCGGUGGAAGAACCAACGGCCUCGAUAUCACUGAGAUGCAUAGAGACUGUUGGAGUUCCUGUUCAGGAGACGGGUUCAGCAGCAGUGGAAUAGAUGCUUUUGAUGAAAGCAGCAAGUUUAACACCCAUCAGUGAUGGGUGCUACUUGGUUGUAGAGUGAUAUCAGAAGAACUGGCUUACAGAUGGUAUCUGAAGGAAAUGUUUAGGACUGUAGACUCUCACCAAACAGUACAGUUCAUUUUCCACUUUGUGCUCAUUUUCCCAAGAUGAUUUUAUUUAGUCUUUUGGGGGGAAAGAACAAAGCAUUACAUUACACAGAUCAGCUUUCCUUCAUCACUUUUAGAGUUAAGGGAAUUUCAAAGCUCUGCCAUUGGUCCCAGUUUCACAUGUGGACAAGAAUAAUGACAUUACAGUUGCAAUUAGGAGUGAUUUCAGUUUUGAUAUUUGAAUAAAACUUCCUAAUGUGUGAUUUUUUAUUUUUUUUAAUGGAUGAACUCUUUGUAUGCAUAAAAUUCAUAUUUUGGAUGGAUAUAUACUGUUUAUAAAAAUGCUGAUAUUCUAAUAGGCUGAAUAACAGCCUGGAAACAAAUUUUUAACAAAUGUUAAAUGAUUUUUCUCAGUCUGUAUUUAUAAUUAAACAUAUAAAAUUGUUUAUACCAAUAUGGAACAUUACAUUAAAUCUGAGGUUUUAACUGUAUUAAAACAAAUAGAUGUUAUGCAUUUUCCACUUUUCAAAGUUGAUCAAUAGAAAAGUUUAUAAAUAUA